GCAAGAAUACUGGAGUGAAUUGCCAUUUCCUAUUACUCCAAGGGAUCUUCCUGACCCAGGGAUCGAACCCUCAUCUCUUGCCUCUCCUGCAUUGGCAGGCGGAUUCUUUACCUCUGCACCACCUGGGAAGCCCCGCAUUUAUUUUCCUGGCUUUUCAUCUGUGCGAGAGAAAGCCUCUAAGGAGAGCAGCCACCACAUCCAUGGCAGGGAUUUUGCGCUCAAUAGUUCAGAGGCCCCCAGGGAGACUUCAAACGGCAACAAAAGGUGUGGAGCCUCUUAUUUGUACAGAUUGGAUUCGUCACAAGUUUACGAGGUCAAGAAUUCCAGAUGAAGUUUUUCGGCCUUCACCUGAAGAUCAUGAAAAAUAUGGUGGGGAUCCACAGCAACCUCAUAAACUGCAUAUUGUUACCAGAAUAAAAAGUACAAGAAGACGUCCAUAUUGGGAGAAAGAUAUAAUAAAGAUGCUUGGGUUACAAAAAGCACAUACUCCUCAAGUUCACAAGAAUAUCCCUUCAGUGAAUGCAAAACUGAAAGUGGUUAAACAUUUGAUAAGAAUCAAGCCCCUGAAGCUGCCCCAGGGUCUCCCAACAGAGGAGGACAUGUCUAACACGUGCCUGAAGAGCACUGGCGAGCUGGUGGUGCGCUGGCUUCUGAACCCCGCGGACCAGGAAGCGAAGAAGUGCUGACAGCCCAGAAGCUUCAGAGUAGAAAGUGGAAGUCAUUUCUAUUUAAAGAUGGUGAGAAAGUGUUCUCAUUAAAAUGUUUAAAAAAUUCUAA